UUUCAUAGUACGGCAGGCAGUGGCUGGAACCGAGGCUCUCUUGUUUUAACCAUUUUCAGAUAUAAGUUAUUCGAAAACCAAACAGAGUUUCUUCGAGUUACAAUCGGCUAUGAACGAGAAUGUGGGAAUCUACCACGGCCACAAACUAGCUGACAGAAAUAACGCUGCAAGUAUUCCCGUUAUCCAACAUGUCAUUCCGACUCGUGCUCCUAGCAUUCGCGAUCAAGGAGGGCAUCCACGGCAAAGGCAUCAACUCCUUCAUGGGUCGUUACAUUAUUUACACAGACCGUUUUUACAUGUGUGAACCAAACCUUCCCUCGAAAUGGUAUAUUCGUGCUUCUCACUUUAACCCACAAAAACCAAAAGAGUUACAAGUCCUGACAGGCAAUGCGAUGCUUUCAUUUCUGACUGAUGACAGCACCUGGCUAAAGAUAGUUAUUGAUGUUCGGUCAAAUAACCAAUGGAAGGAAAACGCCUUUGUCUUUUACUUCAAAGACAAUGCAUGUCGAGCUUUGAAAGAAAAUAUUCCUGAAAUAUACAAUGAAGUUUUCAAGCAGGGAGAAGUCAUCAAAGGCGCGCAUUGCAUGGUGAAACCUGGAGUCUACGAGGUAAAUAAGGCGCCAGCAAACUGGACUUGUCCAAAUAUUCCAAUCAUGCCUUAUGGACACUAUAGGUACAGGUCCUGGUUUGGCAAACCUGAAAAGGUAUCCUACGGAUGCUGGGCGGUUGAUUUCCAUAUUAUUCCGAAACCCGUGUAGCCCUUCGGUG